AUGGGACGAACGCCCAAGAUCUAUCCCGCCGCCAGAUCUUUCGAGGUUCGUGUGGGUACUCUUCCGAGGCAAGGGAAGCUCUGCCGCAGAACCGAGGGAAGGUGUAGUCAAGCGCAUUCUCGCACGUCAGAGCCCAACCGGAUUGGCAGCGUGGAGGCUGUGCAUGAAGGGAGGAAGACUCGGAGGAUAACCUGGUCAGCUGCCUUGGCCGAGUAUGGUACCAUAUGA